CUUGUUGCUGCUUGCCUGAAAAGCAAACAGCACAGAGUCCCUUGUUCUGGUAGAUGGAGCACCAACUAAUCAUCUGUCAUCCUCUCAGGUACAAAUUCAUGUCCGUCAGACGGUAGGAGACAAUUGUGGGUUACUUUGUGUUGCUGUGAGCUUAUUAUAAAAAGGUUACAAAAGAUACAAAAAGAAAAUUUCCCAGACAACUAAAUUUAUUUCUCAUCUAGAAGCAACUGCUUGAGAUCAUGAAGUUUGUUUUUGUGUGUUUCUUAUCUUAAUUUUCUCUUUUUUAAAAUCAGAUCUACGUUGAUAAAUCCUGAUGUCUAACUCAGUCAUCAUGGUUAUAAACAGAGCAGCAGACUUUUGGUAAAGUUGGAGGUUUCCAUCUCUUUGUACUUAAUGUCUCCUACUCUUAAAACAUGGCUUGGUUGACGUGGCCUGCUGAUCUGCUCUCCAAAUAUCUUGGCCUGUUCACCGAUGUGUGGCUGACUCUUGUGUUUGGCUUCCUAAUUGUGCCGGCUGUAUUCGGAGUUCCUUUUCGGAUCCAUAAGUGCUACAUGAGGAUACUUCUCAGUGUAUUUGAGUGGACAACAUUGCAAAUGGAGCUAAAGGCAAAAGAGAAGAAUCAUCAACUCUACAAACAUUAUACCAAUGGUAUCAUAGUCAAAGUCCCAGAUUCAACUUUGAAGCAGGAAAUUCAAGAUCUACGACACAGUGCUGGUUGUCUGCGUCUGGAGCCAGGGUUUGAACUGGCUGAUGUUUUCUUCUUCUGUCGGAAAGCCUUGGAGAACAUUAUAGAUGAUGACGUGACCAAGCGCUUCUUGGCCCAGAAGUUGGAAAACUGGAACUUGCUCACUAGGAGCAACCGCAACUUCCGCUGCAUAAGUCUAAAACUUUUAGCCCUGUGGAUUCUGGGAGUUUUAAUCCGCUAUGGUGUACUGCUCCCUUUCAGAGUGACUGUGGCCGUCACAGGUAUUUUUCUGUUUAUUGCUUUAAGUACCGUGGUGGGAUUAAUACCCUGCACAAUGUUGAGAGCCUACCUCAGUGACAAGGUGCAUCUGAUGGGUUAUCGCCUCUGUGUUAGAUCUCUGACUGGAAUCAUCACCUAUCACAACAGGGAAAACAAACCAAAGAAUGAUGGCAUCUGCGUGGCCAAUCACACCACACCAAUAGAUGGGAUCAUCCUGGCCAAUGACCAUUGCUACUCUUUGGUCGGGCAGUUACAUGGCGGCUUGCUGGGGAUGAUCCAGAGAGCAAUGGUGAAAUCUUCUCCUCAUAUUUGGUUUGAGCGAGCUGAAGUCAAAGACAGACGCCUAGUGGCCAAAAGGCUCAGAGAUCAUGUUGCAGACAAAAACAAACAUCCUGUCCUCAUCUUCCCUGAAGGUUCUUGUGUCAACAACACAUCAGUGAUGAUGUUUAGGAAGGGGAGCUUCGAAAUCGGCUGCACCAUCUAUCCUGCCGCCAUUAAGUAUGAUCCUCGCUUUGGAGAUGCUUUUUGGGACAGCAGUAAAUUUGGUUUGGUGCGAUACCUUCUGAGGAUGAUGAGCAGCUGGGCCGUCGUCUGCAGCGUUUGGUACUUGCCACCAAUGAACAGGAAGGAAGGAGAGGAUGCCAUGCAGUUCGCCAAUCGAGUAAAAGCUGUCAUAGCUGCCCAGGGAGAGCUAGUGGACCUCGUGUGGGAUGCUGGACUGAAACGAACCAAAGUGAAGGAUACUUUUAAAGAAGAACAACAGCAGCUUUACUGCAAAAUACUUCUGGGUGACCAUGAAAACCACAACCAUCCGGAAAGCUGACAGAACAC